CACAUCCCAUGAUGUCAAGCAACACCUUUUCAUACAUUCUAUCCAUUUUACUCGUUUUUUUUCACACAUGAUGAGUCAGUGACCAUCUAAGUGUGAAUGUUCUUGUACCUGUCCAUUGCAGUUGGGACACAUGAAGUACAUAAAUAUGAGCACAGAACAAGUAGAUCUCAGUCUGUGUUGGGCGCUCUCAAAUAACGAUUAAAAAGACCUUGCAGGAUAACACCCAAACUCGCAAUGAUUCCUCUAGUUAUCCUGUGGUCUGGGAUUCUUCUGUACUUUCCUCUUCCAGCCAGCCCGUCAUGUUUUCUGGGUAAAGAAGCAGAGUGCCAAGAUGCGGAUUUCGUGCCAGGAUCUGACUUGGCUGGAGAGGGUUUCGACAUAACUAAGAUGCAGCACUUGGGGACUUUUGUCAUCGACAUGAGUAAAUGGGAGCUCACGAACAACACGUGUAACCUGUGCAAAAACCCAUUCAUGCAGAAAAAAAAGCAGAAGCUCCCAGUGUCUGUGAUUUACUGGAGGGCCACCCAAAAAUGCAAAAGGUCAUUAUCCAGCUCCGUUUAUGAGUCCAGCGAGUCCCUGGUCAGUUCCAGCACCUCCUCCAUAGAGAACAACUGGAAAGUCGGCCUGGGAAUAGGCAACAUUGUUAGUAAGAUAUCGCUGAUGAUGGCUGGAACGAACUCCAAACUCGCCGAGUAUUCAAUGGCAAAGACCAAAAAGGACACGUUCAGCUUCAUCAAGCAGUCUACAUCCUGCGAAUACUACAGAUAUAGCAUUAGCAGCCGCGCUUCUCUUCAUCACGAGCUAAGCAAUGAAUUCACAAGUCUUCCAGAGACGUAUGACAACCAAACAAAAGAAAGCUACUUGUCACUUGUCGAAAAGUUUGGCACACAUUACAUUGUCCAGGUGAAACUCGGUGGAGCAGUUCAGUCUGUGACCAGUGUCAGGAACUGCAUUGCUACUCUACAGGACCUCAGUAUUGAUGAGGUCAAAACAUGUCUGGACGUCGAGGUAUCUGCAAGUGUGGGGAGGAUCAGUGCUGACACAGCUGCCCGUCACUGUAAACAGAGCAAAGACAAAAAACUGAGCAAACACAGUUUUGCUAACAAUUUUUCUGACAGGUUAACUGAAAUCACGGGUGGCCACGCUCAAGACACAGCGCUUCUCUUCUCAGACAAAAAUGAUCCUGGUGCUUUCAAUCAGUGGCUCGCCACAGUGCCAGAAAAACCAGACGUGAUUUCCUUUAAACUGAAGCCCCUCCAUAUGUUGCUGCCAGUCAAGAAUCCAAAAUAUAAGCAGUUACGCCGAGCCAUUCGUGACUACAUACUGCAGAGGGCCCUUAUGAAGAACUGCUCUACUCCUUGCAAGGCCGGUAUCCCAACUAACCCCAAAGAGCCCUGUAAGUGCAGCUGUCAUAACAUCGCUGGAGUAAAAGCAAACUGCUGCCCUGCACAGCGUGGACUGGCUCAGAUUAGUGUAACCGUGAUGAAGGCGACGGGUCUAUGGGGAGAUUACUUCUCACAGACCGAUGGGUAUGUCAAGGUCCUGAGAAAUCAGAAGGUCUUUCUAGGGGAAACACCAGUGAUUUGGAACCAAAACUCACCAACCUGGAACUGGAAGUUUGGUCUUGACAGUUUCGUUCUCUCUCAGUUUGGGGGGCUGAGACUAGAAGUGUGGGAUAGGGACAACAAGUGGGACGAUGACCUCCUGGGGGCGUGCAACAUACAACUAAAAGCCGGAGUCAAAAGCAACUUCUGUCGACUUAACCAUGGUUUGCUGUACUACAAAACUUCUGUAACCUGUGCUCCUAGUUUAGCUGGCUCCUCAUGCACAGAGUACGCGAGCUCUCCGAUGGCCUCCCAUCUAGAGAAGGUGUACGUGUCACGACACGCCCAUCCCAUCCCCAAAGAUGAGCUGCUGAAAAUGGGAGUGCUUUUGGAUGAGCGCCGCUUGCGGUUUAGUCAAACCAGUGAUCCUAAAAGCAAAACCCAGACUUUGUGAAAGCUUAUUACCAAAGCACAAUAAAAUAAGUAUUUGUGUUUUGCAUCUAAGCAUUAACGUGACAGAUAACUAUUCUUUUAACAUCUUAUUACUGGUGCUUAAUGAGCUUUUUAUUUUUAUUUUCUUAUUGCUAUUCAGAUCUUUGAUACGACCUGCGUGUGUUUGCUAUAUUUCCUCAGUAUGCGUUAUGCUUCGCACUUUCUUGCAUGCAAAUUUUUGUGGUUAAUAAAACAAUCAUGAAACAA